GAAAAGUUGCUUAUGUUUUUAUGCUGAAAGAGGUAUACAGUAAUUAUGAAAGUUCGACAGGCGAUUGCUCAUCUGCAUCUGCUGAGCUGUCUUCUGCCUCUCCUGAUCGAUGUAAUCGCUGCCUCAGAGUUCAAGUUGGAUGGGGAUUAUUUAAUCGGGGGUCUUUUUGAUAUUCAUCAUGUUAGUGGAACGUAUCAUCAUUACAAACCAGAAACCAUUGCCUGCUCAAGUGAACGAUUAAUCCUGUCAAGUUAUCGGAGGUUUCAGGUGAUGAGAUUUUCCGUUGAUGAAAUCAAUAACUCCACUGACCUGCUGCCAAAUGUAACUCUGGGUUAUGAGAUAUUUGACCAUUGCUCAGACAUACAGAAUUUUCCUGGCAUUUUCAACCUAAUCUCUGAAAAUAAUUUCAUUUACCCAUGGGAUGAGUUGAGCAAGAACAUUUCUAAAGUGAUUGCAGUGGUUGGUACCUAUACAAGCACAGAGACUCUGUCAGUGGCCCCACUCUUCAUGAUGGAUCUUGUUCCUAUGGUCAGUUACGGGGCUGCUAGUUCUGUCUUCUCAAGAAAAAAAAACUUCCCAUCCUUCUUACGAACUGUCCAUCCCAAUAAAGAUGUCAUUGAGGUGGUGUAUAAUAUUUUGCAGAACUUCAACUGGCGCUGGGUUUCAUUCCUUUACAGUGAUGGUGAUUAUGGAAAAGAUGGCUUGGACUUGUUCUUGAAGAAGAUAAAGAAUACUGAGAUCUGCUUGGCAUUCACCAAAGGCCUGAACAAAAACACAGAUUACCCUCUAUUAUUCAGACAGCUAGAGGCACAAAGAGUGAAUAUCAUCAUUGUUUUUGCUCCUGAAUGGACUGCUGAAGCUCUCAUCAAAGGUGCCAUAAAGCAAAACGUGACCAACAAAGUGUGGAUAGCAGGGGAUGCUUGGUCCUUACACAAGGAGCUCCCCAAAGAAAAUGGAAUCGGAAAUAUUGGAACUGUUCUGGGGGUAGCUGAGCCAAAAAUGGCCAUACCAGGCUUCAAUGACUUUAUCUAUUCCUCCACAGGACAGUCGCAACAUGAUGACAAAGAUGAACAAACGUUUUGUAAUCAGAUUUGUGAGUGUCCCAAUGUAACUGCUGCAGAUGUCAUCAAUGCAGACCCAUCCUUCAACUUUCCUGUUUACUCUGCUGUUUAUGCCGUUGCACAUGCUUUACACAAUGUCUUGCAAUGUGGGUCUGGCAGGUGUAAUAAAGCUAUAUCAGUGCAACCAUACAUGGUUUUAACAGCACUGAGGAAAUCCAACUUUGUACUUUUAAACGAGAGCGUUCAGUUUGACGAGAAUGGGGACCCCAUGUUCGGAUCUUAUUCAAUCAUUUUCUGGAACCAAAGUGGUGAGGCAGAGGAGGUCGGGUUUCACAGGUUUCACCCAUUUCUCCAGUUCUUCAUCAACAGCACCAAGAUUCAGUGGCAUUCUGAUGGGAAGGAACCAGUGUCAUUUUGUUCCAAAGAAUGUCCUGAAGGGUAUUCAAAAGCACAAGAGGGAAUCCACAAAUGUUGUUUCAACUGUAAAAUCUGCCCAGAUGGGACUUACAUCAACACUACAGAGGAUCCCUACAACUGCAUCAGCUGUAAGGAGACGGAGUGGUCUGAUGAAGGAAGUACGCUGUGCAACAUGCGCCUGGUGGAGUACGUACCGUUCACAGACAGUGGUGCCAUAGUGAUCAUGUUCGGAGCCGCCGCCUUCGUGGCCCUCACAGCGGCCAUGUCUGCUCUCUUUGCCUUCAACUACAACACUCCUGUUGUCAAAUCUGCUGGCGGACCGAUGUGCUUCCUGAUUUUAGGCUGCCUCAGUUUGUGCAGUCUCAGUGUUUUCUUUUACUUCGACAAACCCACGAUCGCAUCGUGCGUGUUAAGGUUUUUACCGUUCCUGUUGUUCUUCACUGUUUGUCUGGCAUGCUUUGUUGUGCGCUCUUUUCAGAUUAUUUGCAUUUUCAAAAUAGCAGCUAAAUUCCCCAACCUCCUCAGCUGGUGGAUGAAAUACCACGGACAGUGGUUGAUCAUCAGUGUGGCCUUUGUCACACAGGCUGUCUUACUUAUCAUUGGCUAUUCUGUUGCCCCCCCAAAGCCUUACAGCGACAUGUUUUCCUACACAGAGCUAAUCAUACUCGGUUGUGACCUUAACCUCAAAGCGAUAUCUGGUUCUGUUUCGUUACUCGCCUCACUGUGUUCACUUUGCUUCAUUUUCUCCUACAUGGGAAAAGACCUCCCAAAGAAUUACAAUGAGGCCAAAGCCAUAACCUUCUGCCUGCUGCUGCUGAUCCUCACCUGGAUUGUCCUCACCACCACAACCAUGCUUUACCAUGGAAAGCACAUUCACACGUUUACCUCUCUGGCAGUGCUUUCAAGUCUCUACUCAUUUCUGUUAUGGUAUUUUUUUCCAAAAUGCUACAUUAUUAUUUUUCAGCCUCAGAAAAACACUCAACAGCACUUCCAGGGUAUCAUCCAGAACUAUACAAAAACAGUCAGCCAGUAGUUGCCUUCAACUAUGUUCUGCUUUUGACAGUAGCUGAUUAUUAUUUUGCACAAUUUUUCUUUCAGUGAUGUAAUACUGCUAUAAUCAAUCUUUUCCAAACAUUUUAGAUAAGUGGGUGAGACAAUUGA